AUGCAGGGUAUCCGGGGAGACCGGAUAUAGUGAAUGCAGGGUCCGGGGAGAUCAGAUAUAGUGAAUGCAGGGUCCGGGGAGACCAGAUAUAGUGAAUGCAGGGUCCGGGGAGACGGAUAUAGUGAAUGCAGGGUCCGGGGAGACCAGAUAUAGUGAAUGCGGGGUCCGGGGAGACCAGAUAUAGUGAAUGCGGGGUCCCGGGGAGACCAGAUAUAGUGAAUGCGGGGUCCGGGGAGACCGGAUAUAGUGAAUGCAGGGUCCGGGGAGAUCAGAUAUAGUGAAUGCAGGGGUCCGGGGAGACCAGAUAUAGUGAAUGCAGGGUCCGGGGGAGACCAGAUAUAGUGAAUGCAGGGUCCGGAGAGACCAGAUAUAGUGAAU